AAAACUGUGUGAAAAGAGACAGAAACAGGGUGUCUUUCACUCGUUAUGAUACUUUGAAGGCCGUCUUUCUUUCAUACAUGGAGUGUAUGAUGCAUUUGGAAAGAUGGGCAGCAACAUCGAAGGCGGUAACACCAACCAGCCCGGCCUGCUGCAGCAGUGUCGCUCUGCACACGGUCCCACCUUCUCUGGACAGUACUGCCAGGUGUUCCUUAGGCAGGGAACAGUGCAGUACUUUGUGGGCAUUUGUAUUCCUGACUCCUGUGGGGAAGACGAUGUGCAAAUGCUGGCACUGUACGGGAAACUUCAAAUUGGUCAGACGUCCCUGAUUCCUUCUUUACCUUCAAUCCUGGUCAAUCAGUCCACUCAGGAAAUGAUCAUGACCCACUGUUUGCCCAACACCAUAGACCCUGAUGCAUCAGAUCUCACCUGUCUGUUUGUAUGUUGUGUGAUGGUAGCCGUUCCUCUCGCAGCUACCCUGUUUACAGCUAUAAUAAGGUGGCAGCGGAACAGAGAGGUCAGGCCAACAGCGGAGUCUUCCUGUUUAAACACUGGCCUCAACCUUUAUGGGACCCUGAAGACCAACGGCUCCACCAGUAGCGAUAUUAUUAGUCCUGCUUCAGAGGAAAACAGUAAUAACAGCGCACACACUUCACUGUGUUUUCCUCGAAGCUGUGUGUACCGGUGUCUUCAGGCGUUCUCACUACAGACCACCAGCCAGGGGGUCUUUAGCACCUCCUCGUCCAUCCCAGGAGGAGGCUACUCCUCCCUGAAUGGCAUCCGUGUUCUCAGCCUGUUGUGGAUCAUUUGUGGACACUCUGCACAGUUCCCCGUGAUAAACAACCUCGAUAACUACAAAGACUGGAAGAAAACAGUUGAACGAAAACCUCUGCAUGUGCUUACCAUCAGUGGGCCUGUGUUUCUGGCUGUGGACACCUUUUUACUGCUGGGGGGUCUGCUCAGUGCAAGGUCUCUGCUGGGCUCCAUCGAAAGGGCUGAAGACAAACUGAGCCCGGGUUUGGUGGCCAACUACCUCUUCAGGAGGAUUAGAAGGAUUCAGCCACUGCAUCUGUUUAUUAUGUGUCUCACCAUUGGCCUCAUUUCACUGGUCCAGUGGGGACCCUACUGGUUCCCAUUUAUAGAUACAAUGAUGGACUGUAAGACGUACUGGUGGGCUAACUUACUGUUGAUUAGCAAUCUCCUCCCAGUGCAUGAGAUAUGUAUUCCCUGGACGUGGUACCUGUCUCUUGACUUCCAGUGUUAUGUCACCACUCCUCUGCUGGUCUAUUUGUACAGACUAAAUAAAUGUAUGUUUGUGGCUGUCUCUGGAGGCCUUCUGCUGAUGACCACAGUGACUAGUGCUGUCGUAACUGCUCUCCUGCAGCUGCCAGUCUUUCAGCCAUCUACACUGACAUCUGAGAAUUAUGUCUUGUAUUACUAUGUGAGACCCCACACAAGAUACGGGCCGUUUUUAAUAGGAAUCCUGACUGGAAUAUAUUUAACAACAAAGAAAGAUCAGCUGUUAAAGCAAAAGUGGCAGGCAGCACUCGGUUGGUUCUGCUGUCUGUCUGUCAUGGCUGCAUUGGUUGGAUUGGCGUACAUCCUCAGGGAGACCCCGGCUUAUCCAUCUGUGCCACACGCCCUCUACCAGGGGCUGCACAGACCGCUCUGGGCUCUGGCUGUGACCUGGAUCAUACUGGCCUGUGAGGAGGGUUACGGAGGUUUUAUCCAGCGCCUCUUGUCAUUGGGCUUCUGGUUCCCUCUAUCCAACAUUAGUUUUGCCUGCUAUUUAACACAUCCUGUCUUCAUCCUCCUCUACAUCGGCUUGCAAGAAACACCAAUCCACUACAGCAACAUCAACUUUAUGUACCUGUUCUUUGGAAACCUUGUUCUCACGCUGGUGGUCAGCUAUGUGUUGACUGUACUGGUUGAGAAGCCGUACCUCCUCUUAAAAUGGAGCAGCACAUAACAAGAGAGUCAGCAAGAGAAAACCACUCAUCUUAAUUUCUGUCUUCUUCUGCCUUGUAAGCUAUGUCAGUGCUCUUGUUCAGUUCUACU